AAAAAUAUGAACUUUGAACUUUGAACCAAACGAAGUCAGGAAAAGGAAAACAGGAUACAUCAUUUCCGGUCGAAAGUGAAAAGACGCCCUUUCAGAGAAGAUGUUCUUGGAAGCAGGGGACACAGAGAUAAUGCAUGGCUUGCUGUCCUGUAUACGCCGUGAUGACGUCACCGAAUUAAGGCUACUUCUCAUCCUCUCCGGGGCGAAUCUGAACGAGAAGGACGUGUUUGGCUUUCCACUUCUUGUGACAGCCGUAAAACUGAACAGCAUGGCUUGCACUAAACUGCUGAUUGAUCUCGGGGCAGACCCCAACCUGUCUACUGCCCAAGGGUUGACACCUCUGUGCGAAGCUUCUGACAACGGGAGGCUGGACUUUGUUCAGUUGCUCAUCUCUAAAGGCGCCGAUCCGCACUUGGUCACGAGUUAUGCGAGGACUCCUUUGGUUCGGGCUGUGGGAUCUGCUGUGUGUGGCUUGGACGUCGUGAGACAUUUGGUCAAGCUUGGUGUCAACCUUGACCACUCCACAUAUAACGACGGUUCGGCUCUGACGUCUGCUUGUAGGUCAGGCCAGAUGGACAAGCUCUUAUUCCUUCUUGACGCCGGUGCUGACAUUAACAGACGCGAUAGGUUAGGCUAUUCCCCUUUAGAGAUGGCUGUCUUGAAAGGCUACCUGGAGAUAGUCUACGUGCUGCUUCGACGAGGAGCCGAUCCGUCUCGAGGGCUAGCUUUCCUAUCGCGCUACAACGAAGGGAACGAGGUUCUCGCGGGCCGUCUCCUCGAGGCGGGUGCUGACGUCAACUUCCGACAUGGGGGAGAGCGCGAGACUCCCUUAUCGCGAGCUGUUCACGAGGGCCAGUUCAGGACUGCCCGAGUCCUCUUACAAUUUGGGGCCACAGUAGGACACGCCCUUCACGUAGCGGUGCACGAAGGGAAGGACGAAAUUCUUGGAGAUCUCAUCCGGGCUGGAGCCACGCCUCAUCUAGAACAAUAUUCUCACAUUGGGACGAACGUUUCACAGUCUGAAAAGCUCAUGACUCCCUUCAGUUUCGCUGUGGAAACGAAAAACUUUCACCUAGCCCGCGCUUUCUUGUCAGCCUGGUUUCUCCAUGAUUCUGACGUAAGCCAUGUGGUGCACUCCCCUGAAAUGGGAGCAGCUUUUCACGAACACGAUCUCUCCGACUCCACGGCCUGGCUACGAGACAUACGGAGGCGCCCCCUGUCUCUGUCCUGUCUUAGUUUUGUCGCGGUCUCUACGAGUCUUGGGUUUGGCCCGGACCGUGAAGGGAGAAUAAGCCAGCUUCAGGUCCCGGCAGUGGUGAAAGAUCUGUUAUUGUACCGGGGCCUCAGUGAAGAUCUUGGAGCCAUCAUUUGAGAUCUCCAACCUUUUCUUGUGUCUGUUUUUACAAGGGCAUUUUUAGAAUUCUGUUCAUAUACAGCAUGUAUAAUACAUUAAUUUGUAUUAC